GUAUUGCAUGCCUCCAUCUUCAAAAGAUGCUACUCCUUCUGAUGAUAGCAGGAAGUGGAAGGCAGCUCCUGGAGCUUUGUUGCAGAGGAAAAUACACCGUCUCGACAGUGGCCAGAUCCAAUAUCUCCCAGCGCAUGAGAAGGAUCAGAUCCAAAAUUUCCGUAAUUGGAUGCAGAGUGGUUCAGAAACAACUACUCAAUCAGCCCCCGAGUCACCAGUGAUUGGGUUGAUCGAGAACUCAACUGCCAACAUGCCGAAUACAGACAUUCCUGGGACAUCAAAUGAUCCAAAUCCUGAAGCACCCAAGCUUACUCCUGCAGCGACUGAAGGUACCUCAAGUGAUGUUGGAACUAACAGUGGUAGAGCCGAAGGAUCGAGAGAUCCUGCUGUUCGAGUAGUACCCUUCCAGUCUAUGCCAUAGUCUACCCAGGAGGAAUUGGGUAAAGAGCUCUUUGAUGAUCCAUUGUUGUGUAUAGACAACGUGAAGAAACUCGCAGACUAUAUGCAGUGGAGUUUUAAAUAUACCAAGGUAAACUUUCUUCUGCUGCUACUUGCUUAUGUCGAGUAGUUGGUGGCGUCUAACCAAUCUUGCUUUGUAUUUUGUAGGAAGUUGCCAAUCGGUCCUUCUUGAAGUCACAUGCUUUGUAUAAGACUGUUGACAAUCGAAAGAUCUUGGAGCAGCAGAAUGCUCUAAUUGCCAAACGCCUUGAUGAGUCUCUUGCUACACGGAAUAAGCUUUACGAAGCAAACCGAAAGCAUCAUCUAGAGCUUUGUGAUAUGAAGCAGCAGAUCAAGAGCCUUCAUGAAGAGAAAGCCAAACUCCAAGAACAACUACAGACUGCUCGAGACUGUAAGUAUUUUGACCCUUGUCUUGACAUUGUUUCACCAAUGAUUUGAAUAAUCACUAAAAUAUGCUUUCAUCAGGCUCUCCAAGCGACCAUAAUCGACUUGUAGCAGCAGCUCAGGUUAUUGUAGAUAUGGUAGAUUCUGAAGAGGGGUCGUCGAGUAGUAAGUCUUUAGUAGACUGUCUAGAGGAGGCUCCCAAGAAACUCUUCGAUGUCAUGACGGCCACCUCCAAGAAUUAACUGACCCAUAUGAUUGGAGUUGUCAAGUCUUACUGGCCUCAGCAUAAUUUAGCUCCCAUUGCUAAAGGAAUAGCUCCUGAUUGUUCUGAUGAGAAAUUCCAGAGCUAUUGUAAAGAGUCAGAAGUAAUUGCUGAGGAGAUUUUGAAGAACUUGGCAGAAUGAUCUGCUUGUAACAGCUCUUGUCAUCUUCUGUAAGAUCUUGUCUUUGUAUAUUUUGCUUUUAUCCUA